UAAAAUCUACCUGUACAUUUCCUCGCGCAGGUGAAGCGUAACGGGUCCGUAUAAAUUGAACUUUAAAUACAUGGAUAUAACAGAAAGGUGGUAAAAUAUUGGUAUUUGUUUCAAAAACUAUUUUGUUCGCCGGAUUUAAGCCAUUCAAAAACUUAAAGGAGUUCAUAUUGUCGAAAUUUUGAAUCAUGUCGCAUGGGACAUUAUUGUUGACAAGUUUGGAUUAAUUCGUGAAAAUGGCUGCCAAACUUUUAGGUGAAAGACUUCCCCUUAAUUGGAGUUAUGGUGUCACAGAGGAUGGUCGUAUUUUCUUUAUCGAUGAUAGUACGCAGCAGACCACAUGGUUGCAUCCAGUGACAGGGGAGCCAGUGCAGACUGGGUACUCAACCACAGCAGAGCUACCUGCUGGCUGGGAGAGGGCACUGACCAUUAACGGCACAAUCUACUUCAUAGACCACAAUCGUCACUGCACCACAUUUGAACACCCAGUGACUGGUCACUCAGUGAUGGACGGCCCUGCUAGAGAAGCGCCCCUGAGCCCGCAGUCCCUCAGUACGCCCGGGCGCAAGGGAAGCGGCAAGACCAAGCCCAUCAAGGCCCCGACUGCUUCACGAGAGGAGAACUCCAAAGUCAUACUGCGUGGAUGGCUCCACAAACAGGACAGCGGAGGUCUGAAACUCUGGAAGAAGAAAUGGUGUGUGCUGGCUGAUUUCGGCCUGUUUUUCUACAAGGAUGAAAUGGAGGGCAACUGCAUUGGGUCUAUCCUCUUGCCCAGCUACAGCAUCAGCCCGUGCAAGCCCCACGACGCGAACAAGAAGUUUGCCUUCAAGGCCGAGCAUGAGAACAUGAAGACGUUCUAUUUUGCUGCAGAGAAUCAGCCAGAGAUGGAUAAGUGGGUGGAGGCACUGCGUAUGGCAGCCCUUGUGCAGCGUGCACCCGGGUCUGGGCUGCCAAAGUUAAUUCCUAAGUCUCCUAUCAUGAGUUGGGACGAUAAUGUAGACACAGCGGGCAUAUCACCCCCAGAUAUGCAACAGUACCCCUUCUCAGGGAGCAGACCAGACCCCAGGUCACCGGGAUCAGAGCAUAACAGGAGCUUCAAUGACCGCCAACCUUUGCAGGCGAGGGAAAACGUUCAAAAUUUCAGUGAUCCUUACAGGGGUCAAGGUCACGAUACUCGAUCAGCAGCGGAAUUUGGCACAUACUCAAGACAACCCCAGAACCCCAUGUCGCCAAAUCAGCAGUUCGACCCUAGGUAUCCAUCAGACAGAAUGGACAAAACGAGGGGAUCACAGCGGUCAAAUCAAAGUCAAGGUCAAAUUAUGCCUGAAGAUCAAAAGUCAAUGUCGAGUCAAAGAUCAAAUCAACAUUUUUCUAAUACUCUGCCAAGGAAUCCAAGGUCUAAUCAGUUGGACACCAGCAUGAGGAGUAUGGGAUCACAGCAGAGUCAGGGUUACAACUCCUUGCCUAGAGAUCCAAGGCCACGGGUUGCUGAAGGUCAGGAUAUCCCAUACAGUCAUUCCUCACCUCGGCAACCACAGUCGAACAGAGGUCAGAAUACUGUGCGUCAGCCAGCACAGAGGGAAGAAAAGAAUCCCUAUAUGAUGAUGACACCGCACAGAAACGAUGUUAGGAAAAUGGACCCGUACAAAAACAGUAACCGGCCCCUGCCUCAGGAACCUCCCUUGGAGCCUGUUCAUGAAAGGUCCCGGUCGGGGGGCGGCGACUAUGCUAGCCUCUCACGCAUACGGGAUAAAAAAUACCAGCAACUGUCGGAGGACCCUGGCACUGGAGAGAGGAUUGAGCCCCGACAGGCAGUCCCUAACCAACUGUCCCCUAGCCAGCUGCAGCGCCCAGACCUCUAUGUGGACGUGCCACACACCUAUGUCAACGUGUAUGACCAGUCACAAGUUAGAGACCUGCCCCCAGAUCUGCCGUCUCGCCCUCCUCUGCCAGCAGAGAUGCGCCCAAGGCUGGUCGAGGACAUUGCCAAGACCCACUCCCCCAACACCCAGCGUGAGAUGAUCAUGGCUGAACGGAACCUUGAACUGCGCAUGAAGCAGCCUUCAUUCUUCAACUAUCCCACACCCGACAGGGAGGCACUGCCAAAAUUUCCACAGCCAGGGGACAGCCCAAGGUCACAGACGUCUCAGAGGUCACAAAGGUCACAGAAACCUUUGUUACCCCAGCAACCAGACAUAGCAAGUAUGUAUAGGUCACAAGAACCAAAUCAACUAUACGACCCCAACAACUCCUAUCUGAAGCCAUCUGACCAAUAUGACCAGAACUACAAUGUGAACACUUCUACCCUAUCAAGCAACUUAAAUGACAGUGAUACCACUCUCACAAACGAAGAUGAACGUAAUGACAAGAUCAAUGAAUUCUACGGACUGGGGAAAUACAACACAAAAGGUGCUUAUCCUCAGAAAGAGAAGACCCGAUUCAUGUCUGAUAUUGAUGUACGGUCAAACACGAUGCCAUCUAAACCUCUCACAGGGGUGACAGGAGAGAAGGAUUUCCGUCUGAGAAGCUUGCCUGAGCAUGUUCAGUCAAUGCCUGCCUUGUACCACGAGCAACAGCCUCUGUCCAUUGUGGUCCCAGACAGGAACGCUGUCAUUAACAGUUACAUAGACCUUGCCCCCAGCAGCAGGCCUUCAGACAGUAGCCAAGUAAACGGGCAUGAUACCACUGACACUAUGGAUAGGAAGUCUGCUUUCCGGCCCCUCUCUUCGUCAGGGAGCAGUUCCCUACAGAGGAUCCCUAGUAGUGACCUAGGUGCCCCGGAGUACAGCAGGCCUUUGAAGAACUCUGAUCGCUAUGACAGAGGUCAAUCAAGCAUCCAGCCGUCUCAAAAUGAGUUGCCAUGGAAACAAGAGUUUGCGCCUAAUCAACGCAAAGGUCAAGGUCAGCAAAAAGGUUUUCAAGGUCGCAGUGAAGGUAUGAGGUCGGGACAGGGUGCCGGGCCCAUACACACUGUGAAGGAGGAACCAGACAUGCCAGAUUCACAAGUUAUUGAGACUGACCUUCCAAAGCGUGUGUUCCCCUUGAAUGGGCCUCGACUACGUAUGAGCAUUUCUGCCACAGACCUGCUGGGCAAGACACAUGAUGAGCUGGUGCUGCUGCUGAUUCAGCUGCGUCGAGACAAAGCCGACCUCCACGAGCAGCGGGACGGCAUACGCAAGACCAUCGAGCAAAACCGGCCCGCGGAGUUCUUCUAUAGAAAACUGCAAAAUGAAGGUCGUCCCAUUGACCCUGAGAAGGAGAUCCAGCACCGGAAGUACAUGGACAUGAAACACAAAGUGGAGGAUGUUGAGAAACGGCUGGAGGUGUACAAGCCGCUGGUAAAUCUUGUCUGUAACAUGGUUACCAUGGGCAGUCUGUACGGAGGCGACAACCUAAUGCUGGCCACAGAGUACAGGAAGCACUUGCUGUCCCCAGAGCAGUAUUCUCCACCCAAGAAGAUGCUGGAGUUCUCUCGGCGCCGUCAAGAGGAGCAGAUAGUGCAGGAGAUAGAGGAGGAUGUGAGGCAGCUUACCCAGGAGCAGGCUGACCUGCAUCACAAGGAACUGGAGGAGAAGCGUGAGAAGCUGAACAGUCUGGACCGGGUGCUGCAGGAGCAGGCCUUCCAGGUGACCGGUCUGAAGGAAGACAGGGUUGCCAGUCUAGCUGAAAAAAAGGAGAUGCUAGAGAAGGCAUUGGGUGGGCUCCUCAAGAAGCAGGACCAGCAUGUAACCAACCCGCGUGAGCUUGACAUCCUGGUACAGCAGCAGAAGACCAUCGAGCGUGAGCUCUCACGGGUCCUACAGCAGCUUGCUGAUGCUUCAAAGGAGUUGGAGGAGACUACAGCAGAGAACAACCGACUGGAACAUGAGGUGGCGCUGCUGCAAUCUCAGGUGUAUGGCAACGUCUCACGCAGCAAGAGUGCACCUGCACUGUCGAGUGAAUCUCUGCGCACAAAGAUGAAGAUGGAGCGUGACCUUGCCAAGGUUAAGGACAUUAUGGAAGGUCUUUCAGAGGAAGGGGCCCGCCUACAGGAGAUGAUCAGCACCCUGAAGAGGCCCAAACCAGGGGAUGGCCAACCAAAUGGUUCAUCACCAAAUGUUAUAUCUCCAGGUGAUAAAUCAUCUGACAAGGCUGAUGGGAGACUGGCUCAGAUUGGUUCCACGUAUUACGAGACUGACCUAGAUUCGGGCGAGUGUAAGAACCUGGGUCACGUGUCAGCACUCCUUGCCUCGUUCCCCCACUAUCAGCCUGUGUCUGAUAGGAGUCCCCCCGCCAGUGGCAACAGCUUGUUCAAGCCUGUGGACUCUGAGAAGCCACUUCAUGCCACCUCUGCUGCCUCCACAUUCCAAAAACCAGCGUCAGCAAAUCAUAUACAGGCUGAUGAUGGGACAGAUGGCUUGCCCAAUCAGUGGGACAUUGGGGAUGCUGAAGACAACACCAAACGCUUCUUUGGUCUUUUGCCAAAAAACAUGCCUAAACAGCAGACGGUCAGAGAUGUAAAACGACAUGCAGAUGCAAGGAAAAAAAAGGAAGAUGAUCCACCCCCGCUUCAUGUCGGUGUUGUCCCUUCAGAAUAUACCCACUCUGAAUCUCAUGUCUACGAAAACCUACCCCACCAGAUGGCCUCAUCUCCCACACAGCCCCAGCCGCCGUGGGCACCUGCAGUUGUAACCAGUGAAGUGGAACCUGUCGGAAAACAGCGUCGAAGAUCUAACCUGCACCUAAUCACACCCAAACCUUUUACUCUCAAUAGUAAACCCACUCCAUUUAGCAGUGUAAACAAUGUAUCCUCCUUACCACAGUACCGCAGUGUAAGUUCCAAUCUUGACCAAACAGACGCACCCUUACAAAGCAUUAAUAUUCAGAAUAACCAAUCACAGCCCAGUUUACAAAAUGGUGGUGUAAAUGCUGACUUAAGCAAAUCAAAUGACACUUAUCAACCAACAGAGUCAAUGAGAACACAGCCUUCCAACAAAACUCCGCCUCCUCCCCCAGUUAGAGAAUCUAGCAAGUACAUCACAGCAGAGGUCAGUCAUCAGAACUUUGCUGACAUUCUGGGAAAGUCUCCAACAAACAGAAACUAUGAGCGUCCUGUGCCCACAAUAUUGAAGAAAGGCAAGAAUAACCGAGCCUUGAACAAGAUGCGUUACAUGACAAUUUCAAGUUCAGAGCCUGUUAAGUUGGAAAAGAGCUCGCCUCAUUCACCGAAACUUCACAGCCAGGCUGGGGACCUGAUCACAUCGCUGGACGUGCCAGACAUUGUGAAAAGCUCCACCACAAAGGCUGACAUGUUUGAUGAGCGAACAAUCGACAGAGAAGUCUUGUUUCGUCCGGCAAAGGUAGAAAUCCCGGAGCGAUACAUUCCAGACUCAGACGAUGAAAGCGUAACAGAAGAAGAGAAAGUAAAACGUCGCGAGAAAGCUGACAAAAUCAAAAGGAUUUUAACACAACAGAGCGUUCACUCCCUGUCCCAGCCGGACGUGAGCCGGGUGGCAGGCGAGGUACACGAGCGGGUCCAGCAGCAGAAACAACAAAGGGCACUGCUCCUUGGCAUCAACCAGGAGCUCGCAGAGCAGGUCAAACGCAAGUCCAGACAGUACGCAGCUGAGAGAAGGAAGACAUGGUCUGGCUCAAAUAACAAACCAGAAGAGGACGUUAGUGCUAAUCAUGCAGAGACUGAUGAUGAACAACAUGGUGGAGAUAGCAACAACAACUCUUUCCUGUCUUCUGACACUGGCAAAUAUACAAGCCCAAAGAACAGCAAUGACCUCCAAGAUAGAUACAACCCUAGGAAUUACCAACAAGAAAAAGGUUACACACAAGCUGGGCGGUAUCAAGGGGACGAAGACUUUUCAGUGGAUGAUGAACAAUACAGUGGCCAGUACAGUGAGGACUCUUAUUCUAAAGGAGACAACUCUUAUUUAAGAGGCAAAGCUUAUUUCAAGGAGGAUAACUCAUACACAAUGGGAGGGAAUUCCAGUGGGUAUCCAGAUAUGUACAAUUCUACCUCAUAUUCUGAACAGCCAAACUUCAAAAUUUAACAGCUAUUUGUGGAAAUUUUUUAUUUUAAUUAUGCAAUUUCAUAUGUUUUGAUUGGGAUUUUAUUGUUGAUUAUAAAAUAUUAUACUGUUUUUGUAAAAUAUGCAUUUUAUUAUGAAAAUGUGCUUCCAGAAAAGGAAAUUUCUUUAAGAAGAAAUUGGAUACACUUUUAUGACCUUUUAAAAUAUCUUAGUCAGGUUGGCAUGUAAAAAAAAAAAUUCAUUUAAGAGUUAAGAGUAAGUCACAAUUAGUUGUGCUUAGACUGACAUUAUAACUGUACACAAUUUUACAUGAAUGCAUUGCUAGCUGUGUGAUGUUUUAAUUUUAGUUCUUUAAUAUCAUAUAAUAUAGUUGACUCGAAAAUUCUAGAAAGUAGCCUUCGUUUAUAUGGUGGGUAAAUGUAAUUAAUAUUUGUAUUCAUAUAAAGAAACAUAAUCUUUUGUAAAUGAAAUGUGUCUUGCAAAAUUUGACCUGCAUCAUGCAAAAUUGGGUCUUACUACAUGUGUGACCAGAGAAUCUCCAGCCCAGACCAGUCAGGAGCAAACCUGUACGCUUAUGAGACCACGUUCAUGACUAUACCUGACAGCGUAGCUCCUCACCAGACUGGGCAAUUCAGCAGAAUGAUCUGUAGCUAGGCUUGGCACAUAUGACAUGGCUUAUUUUGGUCAUGACACAUUUGAUUUUGUUAUUGCAGUAUGAUGCUGAAUUAAGUGUAUACUUUUUUGCUUUUUGUCAAUGCAUUCCAUAGUUGUAUACCGGUAUUUUCAAAAUAUUUUCUAUUUUAUAACCUUGCAAUAUUUCCCUUUUAAUAUUUGUUUACGAACAGUAGGAAAUGCUGACUAAUAUAAUAGCUAUAGUUUUGUGAGUCUUUUAUAAUUUAUUAGAUGCAAAGUAAAGUGUACAUGCUAUCAACAUGAUAUUUCUUUUAAUAAAUAACUGUUAUUAUAUUUAAGUUCAAUAUAUAUUUCUGUGUUAUUGUUCUAUACUUGUUUUAUUACAUUGAAAUCAAAAGCAAAACGUACAGAUAUUUUUUAAGAACUCACUUUUAAUAUUAUAAUAAUGCAUUAUAGUUAUUAUUUGUAUGAUUAUCGAGGGUUAAACAAGAAAACUUUGUAUGUAAUACGGGAAGGCUCUGAAGGUACAUGUAUUUCACACUCAACUGUCAAAUUACCCAGAUAAUGUAUUCCCAAUCCAUCUGUGUUUGUUAUUGGGUGAUGUGGUUUGAACAUAGUGCAAUACAUGGCUAGCAAUACAAUGUGUGGGAUCUAGCUUAUUGGUCAGUGUUCACAAACAUAUCUUGUACAUGACAACGAUUGUAAAAAUGUUUUGCUACUGUCCAUUCACAUAUCUAACUAACCAACAAAAAUCAUUUGCUUAUAAGAGUUUCUUCAUUACUCUAUUUCAAUUUUAAUUGUUACAUUUUAAUAAGAAUUAUAAACUUGUCUGUUUUGUUUUUAUAAUCUUUAAAAAAAUAUUGUUAUUGUUUUUUUUAAAGAUGUUGGGCUUAUUUAGAAAAAUGUCACGUAAACAUGUCGGGGGAAACAAUGUAUAAUUCAUAAGAAGCUAAGCAAAUGCAUACACAUGCCUAUUUUUCUAAUUAGUUUAUGACAUAUCAUUGUUUGUAGUUGCCACGGUUGAAUUAAUGCUGGUCCUGUAGACUCACAGAAUCUGACUGAUGGAUCUGUUAAAUAAUAUUUUUUCUUCAUUUUAAAUGAAAGUUGUAAAAAGUUUUUAUUAUUUCAUUCUCUAAAUCAUCAUUUUAUACCACUAUCAUAAAAAAAACAUCUUCAUUUUUUCAUCAUCGUGAACAGACUAGUUAGUGUUUUUUGUAUCUAUGUUUCAAACAGCUGUGAUGUGUUGAACAAAAUCAUGAUCAUCAUCAUGAGCAGGGGAAUCAUUGAUUACACCAACAACAGCAUCUUUACAUCAGCAUCAUUUUUUGAGAUAUCAUCUAUAUAUAGCCAUUUCUUUUUGUAGUAGACAUACCUGUAGGUGGAUUAUUGGAAGUUGUGCAUUUUUACAUCUUUUAAGUAUUUAAUAUAUCUAUGCAAGCUGUGUGAUUAUUAACAUUUAAGGUUAUGAUAUUAUUACAUUAAUAUUUAGAUUGUAAUGUAACUUGUUUGUAUCAUUCAAAGUAUAUUUACAUAUGAUUUUAUUAAUAAAAUUUAUGUCAAUAUUGAUUUUGUACAAUGUUUUAUGUGGAUAUAUUAGUUGUUUCGCCAUGUACAUCAUUUGACUGGU